AUGGCUGCAAGAAACAAACGUUCAUUAGGCAUAGAUUAUUCAGUACUCGAUACAGAAUCGGGUAAACUCAGAUAUUCUCCUGUCAGUCUUGAAGCAUCUUCAUCAAUUCUUCAAUUAGCAUUUGAUAAUCCAAAUCUCAAAUUCAAGGGACUUGCAUCAUCACCAGAUUUUGUUCCAAUAUUGCAUUACUGCGCAAUUUCAGUUCGUCGUUUCGUUAGCAACGUUGAACGAGACAUAAAGAGUUUAAUUAAAAAUGCACAAAAAUCGCAAACACCAUCACUUGCAGAAGAAUUAUUUAUUAUCGAAAUCUUCAUUAUUCAUGGCAUUGAAUUCACGGAAGAAGCUUUUCCACAGAUUUUAGAACUUUAUCCAAACUUUGAAAAGGAUUUAGCGAUCUGCCUUCAAAAGACAGAAAAUCUUGGAUAUCUGAAGGAUUCUAUCCUCAAGAAAAAGGACGAAGAGUUCGAAUUGUCGGAUGAAGCUUUAUUAGAGAUUUACAACAAGUCAGAGAUCGAAUUCUGGUGCAUCAUUGUCGAAUACGAGCGCUACAACAUUAUCGUAUCUCUUAUUCAAGAAAUUCGUACAAAUAAGAGGUUUGAUUUCCCUACCGAGUUCUUGUUGGCCAACUUCCGUGGCUCUCCGAAAUCAAUGAAUGUUAUCAAAGAAUACAUCAAAUCUAACUUUGAAAACUUCUUUGACGAUGAAAGAUGGAUUCGUUCUUUUGUUCAAGAGACAACAGAGAUAUUGGACUUCCUCAUUCUCGACAUGGGCAUAAACUCCAAGAAACUCAGUAAGAUCAGCACUCUCUACGUUCCUCUUCUGAAAGAAUUUUUCUAUCUCGUGCAGUUUGGCAAAGCCGAUUACAAGCAGUUGAUUUCCUUCAUUACUAUGGUCAAAGAUGAAGAUUUCCACACAAUCCUUGAAAAACAGCCAAUUAUUGCCAAUGAAUUCAGAUCAUUCUUCUUAACAUACAUCGACUUACUUUUCAACAACCAGAAAUGGACAAAGUAUGUCGAACAGUCCUCAGUUCUUCUCUCUUAUAUUGGCAUUAACUUGUAUACUUCAAUUCCAAGCCAAAUCAAGAACCAACUCCCCGGCCUUACCAUUCUUAUCAUCGCAAACUUCAUUGUCAACAACAAUAUCGAGCAAAUGGUCAACAUCAUCGUUACAAAUUCUACUUCCUUCCUUGUCGACGUUCUCCAGAGCGACAAGGACCACGAAAUCAGAUUCCAGAAUAUCUUUAUCCCCAACUUCGACUCCUUCAUUGUUGACAAACGUUUCAGAGAUUACAUUUUAUCUUCAGAUUUGCUUCUUAACAUCAUUGUUACCGAUGUUAUACCUAAAUCUGAUACAAAGCAACGCGAAAUCUGCCAGGAUCUCUACGAAGAAUACCUUACUCGCGUCCUUAAUUCGACACAUAACAUUGUUUUGUCAGAUUUCGUUACUUUGAUCACUUCCGCUCAAGCCAAGCAGUUCCUCAACUUCGAUGUUCUCCGUCCAUCCCUUCAAGUUGCCAUUUUCCAGUCAGUUGCGAGAAAAUUAACUCCAGCCGAGCUUUCCGCCAACAAGAAGGUCUAUACAUCCUUCUUCUCGUCAUUCCUGAAGAACCAUACUCUCUUGCUUCUCAUUCCUGAGGAGCUCCGCCGCCCAUUCUUCAUGACUGUUGUUCUUCCAUACAUAACAGCCAACACAAUUGGCCUGACUGUCAUGCAGAUGUACGAUUUGGUCAUUUCUAUUGUCGAUGACCCAUUCGCCGACCAAGAAAGACCAGAUUUCUUUUUCUUCAUCGUUGAACAUGCGGAAGAACUCCUUCCAUCGAUCAAACAGAAUCCGAAAUUGAUGGAAACACUCUGGGACUUCCUCACAAACACCCAAUUGGACUUAAGAGCCAAUGAUUCCAAGAAUUUCAUCUUUAAUAUCUGCGUUAUCAAGCUCAGAACCGAAAUUCCAGAUAACGCAAGACUCUAUCAGAUGACAACUGCCAACUUCUCACCAGAAGUAUUCGAAAAACUCGACCAAACCGCCAAAACCGAAAUAAUUUUCAAGAUUUCGGAAGCAUUCAACCGCCCACUCGAACCAUUGUUUGCGGAACCAACCCAGAAGCAGUUAUACACAGAUUCUGCCCAAUCCUGCCUUGAUUUACUUGCCCAAGACAAAGAAUUUGUUCCAACCAUCAGUUUAGUGCUCAAAAGAGAGAACAAAGAGUUUAUUAGGCUCUUAAUUAAUGUUUUCUCCAAAGAAAGGCCAUUCCUUGAGCUUUUCUCCCGUCCAGAAAUCUUCAUGAACUUCAUGACGAUUUCCUUAGAUUUAUUCCAAGUUUUAGUCAAAGGAUUAGUAUUAACUAACGAUCGAUUCGAGCAUUUCUUCUUGUUCUUGCAGAGAUACGCCAUGGACAUCUCUUACAAUGACACAUUGAGACAUGCUUUGUUACUCUAUUUCAUUACUAAUGAUGCAAAACUUGGAAAAUUUAUUCCUUUUGUCACUUCACCUACAUUUAGAGCAUUCUUUUUCACUGAUUUCACUGAUCCAGCACGUAACUCUGUUCUCGGGCAAGUGUUCAAUACAUACCUCGAUAAGGCAAGAUCAUUUGAAACACCUAUGUCCGCAAUUUUCAAUGUUUUCGUGACAAUUUCAAAUUUGUCAUUUAUCAAUGUCAAAAAUCACGAAUGCGUUGUUAAUGAUUCAGUUAAUUACUUCAACUUUAACAAGAACGAGUACGAGUUCGACGCGAUGUUCCCGAAGCAGAGACAGAUAGAAAUAGAAAACGCUCUGUACGCGUUGAUUGUAAAUGUCGGACCAGUCAAAUUCAUUGAAUUUUUGAAAGCAUUUGACGGUUUACAUCCAGGACCAAACAACUGUUUCAAGGAAGCUACUGAGAAUGCUUUAUUGUUGUACAACGACAUGUACGAGGAAGAACCCGAUGAAUCCGUUGUUGAAUACGAAAGGAAGCAUCCAAGAUUCAGAAGAUUCGUUCAAAAACCUGACAGAUUCAAUGAGUUUGUUCAUGGUAUUUUAGCUGUUUCUUUGAUGAUUUACUUGGGAAUAUUGAGUUGGUCAACUAGCCAAGGAAAGACUGUUUCAUGCGCAGUCAUUGGAUCUAUUGCAGCAUUCAUGGUUGCAUUCACUCCUUUGUAUUUCCCUGUUUUGGAAAAACCAGGAUAUACUCCUUGGUUCUGGAUUUCGAUUGUUUUAGUCAUUGUCAACUUCGCUUUCUCUUUCGCGACAUUUGCAAUGACAAAGACUUACGACUACAAUGUUCCUUUAGUUAUUUUGAUUGUUUUGUUCGCGAUUGUGUCUUUGCACAGGGUUAUUCACAAGUUGCAAGGAAUUCCAGAAGAGGAAUAUGAUGAAGGUGAUCUUCUCAUUAUUAACUAA